AUGCGUUCAGACGCUGGGAUGUGCGCGGGGUUUGUGUCAUUGGCUCUCAACGGAGUUAAUGUGAAUGUCGGCGCUGAUAUGGAUGAGUGUGAGAACGACUACAAUGGAGGCUGCGUCCACGAGUGCAUCAACAUACCAGGCAACUACAGGUGCACCUGUUAUGAUGGAUUCAUGCUGGCUCACGAUGGACACAACUGCCUCGAUGUGGACGAGUGUCUCGACAACAACGGCGGAUGCCAGCAGGUGUGUGUCAACACCAUGGGCAGCUAUGAAUGCCUGUGCACGGUGGGCUUCUUCCUCAGCGACAACCAGCACACCUGCAUCCACCGCUCCGAUGAUGGGAUGAACUGCAUGAACAAGGACCAUGGCUGCGCCCACAUCUGCAGGGAAGCUCCGGGCAAGGGGGGCGUGUCGUGUGAAUGUCGCCCAGGGUUCGAACUGGCCAAGAACCAAAAGGACUGUACACUGACGUGUAACUAUGGAAACGGCGGCUGCCAGCACACGUGUGAUGACACGGAUGUGGGGCCAGUGUGCGGCUGUCAUCAGAAGUACGCCCUGCACACCGACAGCAAGACCUGCAUCGAGAAAGAUGAGGCUGCAAUUGAGAGCUCUGAGUUCAAUGCCACGUCAGUAGCUGAUGUGGACAAGCGGGUGAAACGGCGGCUACUUAUGGAGACCUGCGCUGUCAACAAUGGCGGCUGCGACAGGACGUGCAAGGACACGGCCACCGGGGUGCGCUGCAGCUGCCCUGUCGGAUUCACCCUGCAACCCGACGGCAAGACCUGCAAAGACAUUGAUGAGUGCCAGGAGAACAACGGAGGCUGCGACCACUUUUGCCGCAACACAGUUGGGUCGUUUGAGUGCAGCUGCCAGAAGGGCCACAAGCUGCUCACCGACGAACGCACCUGCCAAGAUAUUGAUGAGUGCUCCUUCGAGAGGACGUGCGACCACACCUGCAUCAACUACCCGGGGAGUUUUGAGUGUUUGUGCCAUAAGGGUUACACUCUGUACGGCCUCACACACUGCGGGGACAUUGACGAGUGCAGCAUCAGUAAUGGCAGCUGUGAGCACGGCUGCGUGAACACCCAGGGCGGCUAUGAGUGUGUGUGCCCACCCGGACAAAAGCUCCACUGGAACAAGAAGGACUGUAUUGAGGCGGUGAAGUGUCUGCCCAAUGGGAAGCCAGCGCCGCGCGCCCAGCUGACCUGCACCAAGACUGGAGGGGUGGAGGUGUGUUCACUGUCCUGCCCUUCCAAUGCACUCUUCCUCGCAGAUUCAGAAAACAGCUACACGCUGAGCUGCGGGGUGCCAGUCCAGCCUGGGAAAUCUCCCCAGAAGAGGAACGCCACCACCGCCUUACCCACCUGUGCUGACGCCGUGGCCCCUCCCAUCAAGCAGAAGGCCCGGUUCAAGAUUAAAGAUGCCAAGUGCCACCUGAGGCCCCGCAACAAGGAGAAACACAGAGACGGCAAGCAGACCCUGCAAGGCCAGUUCCCCUGUACAGAUGACUGCCAGGUCACCUUCGUCAAUCUAAAGUGUGACUCCUCCAAGAAGCGCCGGCGUGGACGCAAGUCUCCCUCCAAAGAGGUUUCCCACAUCACAGCCGAGUUCGAGAUGGAGCUGAAAGAGGAGGAGGCAUCAGACUCCUGCAACAUGGACUGUGUGAGGGAGAAGAUGAAGCAGCGUCUGCAGAGCGCCAUGCGGACGCUCAGGAAGUCCAUCAACAAGCAGCAGUUCUACAUCCAGUUCUCCGGUACCGAGUACGAGGUGGCCCAGAAGCCGGCCCGCGUGCCGGACGGAGCCGAGGCCUGCAGCACCGGGCAGGUCCUGCGGGACGGAAAAUGCGUGAGCUGUGGUGUAGGGACGUUCUACAGCGGGGAGCAGGAGGCAUGUGUCCAGUGUCCUCCUGGCACGUAUCAGGACACGGUGGGGCAGCUCUCCUGCGAGCCUUGUCCCAGCACCGAGGGGCAGGGCAUCGCUGGGGCGAAGAACGUCUCCCAGUGUGGAGGUCAGUGUCCAGCGGGUCACUUCUCAGCAGACGGUUUCCGGCCGUGCCAGCAGUGUUCGCUCGGCACCUUCCAGCCAGAGCCGGGCCGGGUCCUGUGUUUCCCCUGCGGAGGAGGCCUCAUGACCAAAUAUGAAGGAUCCGUUUCCUUCAGGGACUGUGAAGCCAAAGUCCACUGCGCUCCUGGACACCAUUACAACUCCAGUACCCAUCGCUGCAUCCGCUGCCCCGCGGGAACCUACCAGUCUGAGUUUGGGCAAAACUACUGCAUCACCUGCCCCGGUAACACCACCACCGACUUCGACGGUGCCACCAACGUCUCCCAUUGCAAGAACCAGGUUUGCGGCGGCGAGCUGGGCGACUAUACGGGUUACAUCGAGUCUCCUAAUUAUCCUGGGGACUACCCGUCCAACGUGGAUUGUAUCUGGACCAUCAAUCCUCCUCACAAGAGACGAAUCCUCAUCGUGGUGCCGGAGAUUUUCCUCCCCAUUGAGGAUGAGUGCGGAGAUGUGCUGGUCAUGAGGAAGAGCGCCCUGCCCACCUCCAUCACCACCUAUGAGACAUGUCAGACGUACGAGAGGCCGAUCGCCUUCACCUCCCGCUCCCGGAAGCUCUGGAUCCAGUUCAAGUCCAACGAGGGAAACAGCGGCAAGGGCUUCCAAGUGCCAUACGUCACUUACGAUGAGGACUACCAGCAGCUGAUAGAGGACAUCGUGCGAGACGGACGACUCUAUGCCUCAGAGAACCACCAGGAGAUACUGAAGGACAAGAAGCUGAUAAAAGCCCUGUUUGACGUGCUGGCCCACCCCCAGAACUACUUCCGGUACACCGCACAGGAGUCCAAAGAGAUGUUCCCUCGCUCCUUCAUCAAGCUGCUGCGCUCCAAAGUCACAAGGUUCCUACGGCCGUACAAAUAGACGCCGUCCGGCUGACGACCCCGCACCCCUCCCCGUUGUCCUGCGUUGUUCCAAGGCUGCCAUCCUACAUGUACAACCUUUUCUGUCUACUUCCGCCCCACCCAGGGGUCGGUGCGUCGACGCACCUCUCCUCCGACUAAAGAUUUUUCUUCA